CCUCUACCUCUAUAAUUAGUUAAUUCUUUAUAAUAAUAAACAUAAUGGAAGCAAGCUCAAAGUUUAAAGGGGAUGUAGACAAGACACAAAUACCGCCACUAAAUCAAAAGCGUAUAUUAGCUUUUGUUAAUCAUUUUCUAAUAAGUACAUGCACUUUUCUCAACGAGUUCGCGUUAAAUUGCGAGACCAAAUUUGUGCAAUUGGAGCGUCAACUACAGCGCACCGAAGCUGCCUUAAUUAUACUAGAAGCGAAGCUGGCCUCCAUUCCCUUGGAUAAAGAUGAGGGCACUGCCAUAAGCGCUACGACAGCUGUUGUAGAUGCACCCUUAGAAGAUGCCGUCGAGACGCCACCAGAGGAAGUUGAAGAGGAGCCCAUAAAAGGCGUGCGAGCAUGCGAAGAUGUUCGUUACAAGAAGUUCUUCAAAAUGCUGCAUGUGGGCGUGCCAGCGCCUGCCGUAAAACAAAAAAAUGCUCUCAGAGGGUCUGCAACCACAAAUGCUAGAUAACCCCGAUGAAAUUCUCAUUGAUGGCAUCGCCGAGUAGGAAAAAAGAAGAAGCUUGGAAAAGUUCAAAUAUCUUGUGAUUUUGUGAUAUAGCAUUUGUAAAUGCUACACUUUAAAAUUAAACACACAUUUGCUUAAAUUUACG